GACAACGGAGGCCUCAGAGAGUCGUUCCGCGCGUUUCAGACGUACGUCAAGACAUACGGAGAACCACUACGACUGCCAUAUGUCUCGCAAUACACACCACAACAGCUGUAUUUCCUCUCAUACGCGUCCAUGUGGUGCAAUAAUAUCCGACCGGAAGAGUUGAGAAAACAAAUUGAGAUGUCCUCGACCACGCCCUACAAAUACCGGGUUAAUAUUGCCUUAUCUAACUUUCAGUCCUUUUCCGAUGUCUUCAAGUGUGGACCCCAUUCGCCGAUGAAUAUGACAGACAAAUGUGUUUUUGGUGAUAAGAUUUAUAUUAAGCCAAACAUUUGUACGACACCCGAGUGCGAGUCCGCGGGAAAGGCAUUGCAGGACAAUAUCAACGAGUUUGCCGACCCGUGCGAUGACUUUUAUCGGUACGCGUGCGGGGGAUGGGAGGUAAGGCAUGAGAUGCCAGCCGACAAGAAUUGGUUAACCGCUUAUCAUAUUCUCGACGAUAAACUUCAAUUAAUUAUCAGAGAGUUGUUGAGUCAAAAUCGGUCGACAAAAACACGUAAUGCCAGGGGAAUGACCCCUCUUAUAGAGGCACUGAAAUCAGUGGGCGGUUGGCCUAUAAUGGGACAGUCGGGUGGCUAUAAUGACAGUGAAUUUGAUUGGAAGGACGCGUUUGUCAAACAUGUAAUCAAAUCUGAAUCCUCGCCGGUAUUCGCGCUGUCAGUGUUAGCCGACGCUAACGAUACUCUUGUCAAUAGAUUUUAUUUUUCGAGAUCAACAUUUGGUUUAAGCCGCAGUCAAUUACUUAAUCGCGAUGAUUACCCGGACAUCUUUAGGGCUUACAAUAAGUUUAUACUACAAUCGGCGAUACUAUUGGGCGCUAAGAAUAACAGACAAAUUCAUAGAGAUAUCGAUAGUAUGAUAGACUUUGAAAUAAAAUUGGCCCAGUUAUCACUUCCACCGGAAGAUAGUGAAGAUCCCAAUGUUUGGUACAAUAGGAUCUCAUUUGAAGAGUUCAAUCAAUUAACACAUAAUAGAGUCGAUUGGCUGAACAUAACCAACAGUUUGAUGACAGAAUUGAAUGAAACAAUUCGUAUGAAAAGCGAUGAUUUAGUGAUCAUUCAAGAUAUCAAUUACUUUAUAAAUGUGACACAACUGUUGACCACAACUCCUAAGAGAGUUAUAGCUAACUAUUUCGGGUGGGAUUUUGCACGCAGUAUGGGCUCACAUACGGACAAACGGUUCAGAGAUAUUGCUUUUCAAUUCAUACGAGUUAUUUCUGAAGUGGAAAGGGAUGUCGAGUUAUGGCAAUCAUGUAUUCGUAGCGUAUCUGAGAGUCUGCCGUACGCUGUGAGUCGGCUAUACGUCGGGAAACACUUUACGCCAAAUGAUAAGCAAAUGGCUCAAAAUCUAAUACACGACAUAAAGCUCGCAUACAAUGAGUUGAUUGUCGAGAACCAGUGGCUGGACGUGAAGACUAAAGCCAAAUCCAUAAUCAAAUUAAAUGCCAUAACUGAUAACGUGGGUUACCCUGAUUGGAUUCUCAACAAUACGGACCUGGAUAACUAUUAUGAAUUAGUGGCCAAUGACACCGAUAGAGGUAAACGGCGCCUACGGUUCCACAUCCAACUCCAUCACAAAAGACCCGCCGCACUCAACUACGGUGCCAUUGGACGGAUUAUCGGUCAUGAAUAUACCCAUGGGUUUGAUACACGGGGCAGUGAAUUUGAUUCAAAGGGAAACUUCAGGAAUUGGUUCACAGAAGAAGCGAAGAAAACGUUUGACGAAAAAUCAAAUUGUUUUGUAAAACAAUACUCGAGUGAAUACGUGUCGGAAACUGAUAUGAAUUUGAACGGAAGGAAUACUUUGGGAGAGAAUAUUGCGGACAACGGAGGCCUCAGAGAGUCGUUCCGCGCGUUUCAGACCAAGGCGCGCAAAGUCUGCAUGCAGUUCUGUAUCGGAGAACCACAACGACUGCCAUAUGUCUCGCAAUACACACCACAACAGCUGUAUUUCCUCUCAUACGCGUCCGUUUGGUGUAAUAUAAUAAGACCCAACAAAUUAGGCAGACAAAUAGAGUUUUUCUCGCACAGUCCCAACAAAUACCGGGUUAACGUUCCCUUAUCUAACUUUCAGCCCUUUUCCGAUGCCUUCCAGUGUGGACCCCAUUCCCCGAUGAGUAGGAAAGAUAAGUGCAUUGUGUGGUAA